UUUUGGUUAAAGGACUUCUGUGUUUUCAGAUUUUGGUUAUAUUUCAAUCUCGAUGAGCUGCUUUAGAACUCUGAACUCUCUCUCAAAACUGCCUAAAAGCUUCAAUCUUUCGUGUCUCUUUGCGUCUAUCUCAAAUGGGUUUAUCUCAAAUCAUCAUUGCCAUCUCAGCUUCUACAGAUCAAACCAUGGCGUUUCGGACCAAACCCACGAGUUUAUUCACGCGGAGCAACAAGACCCGGAUGCCAAAACAGAGACCUUAAGCCAUAAAAUGACAGAGGAAUCUGAGAGAAUCUGUAAAAUAGUAUCAAACAACACUUCUAAUAAAGAUUCGUCUCUAAAUAACGCUUCCAUUGAGGUGUCUCCAACGCUUGUGUUCGAGGUUUUGAAGAGGCUGAGCAAUGCGGGUGUGCUGGCGUUGUCGUUCUUUAGGUGGGCUGAGAAGCAAAAAGGGUUUAAACACAAUGCAGAGAGCUAUAAUGCUUUGAUUGAAUCUCUGGGAAAGAUUAAACAGUUUAAAAUUAUAUGGGCAUUGGUGAGCGAAAUGAAGAGUAAAGGGUUGUUAAAUAAAGAAACUUUUGCUUUAAUUUCGAGGAGAUAUGCGAGAGCUAGGAGGGUUAACGAAGCCAUUGAUGCUUUUGAGAAGAUUGAGAAGUUUGGAUUGAAGUUAGAUUUAUCAGAUUUUAAUAGAUUGAUUGAUACUUUGAGUAAGUCAAAGAACGUAGAGGCUGCACAAGAGGUGUUUGAUAAAAUGAAAAAGAGCAGAUUUGAACCUGAUAUCAAGUCGUAUACUAUUUUGUUAGAAGGGUGGGGAAAUGCUCAGAAUUUGUUGAGAUUAAAUGAGGUUUAUAGAGAAAUGAAAGAUGAGGGUUUCCAGCCUGAUGUGGUGACUUAUGGAAUUAUGAUUAAUGCACAUUGUAAGGCUAAGAAGUAUGAUUAUGCAGUUGAGUUGUUUCGCAAAAUGGAAGCUAAGAAUUGCAGGCCAAGUCCUCAUGUCUUUUGCACUCUGAUUAAUGGGUUGGGGUCUGAGAAGAGGUUAAAUGAAGCCCUUGAGUUUUUUGAACUGUCAAAGAAGAGUGGUUUUGCGCCAGAGGCACCUACUUUUAAUGCCAUUGUGGGAGCUUACUGUUGGGCAAAUAGGAUGGAUGAUGCUUACAGAAUGGUUGAUGAGAUGAGAAGACUUGGGGUUGGUCCAAGUUCUCGUACUUAUGAUAUAAUUCUUCAUCACCUCAUAAAGGCUUGCAAAACAGAAGAAGCUUAUUCUGUUUUUCAGAAAAUGAGCAGCGAGCCAGGCUGUGAACCGACUGUGAGCACAUUUGAGAUUAUAGUUCGGAUGUUUUGCAAUGAAGGCGAGGUCGAUAUGGCAAUCAGGGUUUGGGAUCAGAUGAAGGCAAAGGGAGUGCUUCCUGGGAUACAACUGUUUUCGACAUUGAUUAGCAGCCUGUGUCACGAGAAUAAGCUGGUUGAUGCUUGCAAGUAUUUUGAAGAGAUGCUGGCAAUGGGUAUUCGGCCUCCAGCCAAUAUGUUUAGUAAUCUGAAACAAGCUCUUCUGGAUGGGGGAAUGGCACAAACUGCACUUGUUUUAGCUAAGAAGAUUGAUAAACUAAGGAAAACUCCACUAGUAAGCUGAGCUCAAUAAAAGCACCAAUGGAUAUCUCUUAAAAGAUUUAUGGCCUACUUUGCAGCCAUAAGAGAGCUGUUAGACAAUCAUCUGACCAUUGCUACUAGAAUCUCGGCGCACAAUUUUAUAAUCCUGAAUAGAUAAUUAUAUCA